ACAUGCCGCUUUCGAUAUCCGACUGGUCGUGGAGGGAAACGUCUCGUUUCGUCUUUCUAGACGUUCCGCUGAAAGGCUCGCGCGUGGGAAAUGUGGACGUGUUUUCGACCGACGUAUAUCUGAAGGUUAGUGCUCCACCCUACCUGUUUGAGGUGCGACUGUGCGAGGCGGUAAACGAAGGGAAGUGUAGCGCGACGAUUUCAAAUGGUUUCGUAAACUUCAAGCUAGAGAAACAGGAAGAAAGAGUGUGGACCCGCCUCUCACACCCGAAUUCAGAUGAUAAGGCAUGGAUGCAGAAGGAAAGGGAGGCGGCAUUGGUGCAUGCCCACAAGAGAUCUGAUGAGGAGACGAAGGCUAAAGUGGUGGAGAAACGAGAAGCAGAACGGUUUGCGAUCAGGCAGCAAAUGAAGCAAGAACAAGAUGCACGAGAUGCUAUCGAACAAGCAAAGCAAGAUGAGAUCAAUAAAACGACAACUGAAAUUGAGGCGUGGAAAUCUAAGGAAGAACAAGCGGCACGAAUCCUUGAACUGGAGGAGGCAAACGAGAAAGAAGAAAUUAGUAGAAAAUCAACAGUGACAAAAUCAGUCUCAAGUGAGAGACUAGAGAAAGAGACAACGGAUGUGACAAGAACAAAGAAGACACAGAGAGAUAGAGGGAGACACGAGAGCAAGCAGAGACGAAGGAAUGACACACAAGGAACAGACGAACACAUCUUUGACACCACUCCACCACCUCGACAGUCAGCAAAAAUCCAGGUGAAAUUCACACCACGCCUUUUGGCCACGCCCAUGAGGGAGGCAAGGCUAGAAGAAGAGGAGGAAUGGUUGAAAAAGAUGGCCGAGGCGGGUAGGACCCCAGGAGGUGCAAGCAAGACAGAGGACGGCGAUUUGUCCGAGAGGAACCCGUUGUGGUUAAAAGAUAAGGGAAAUGAAUUCUACAAAGCAGGCGAUUAUCUCUCCGCAAUCAACGCGUACACGGAAGCUCUCAGACUCAACAACACGAUGCCCGCGCUCUACUCCAAUCGAGCAGCUUGUCGUCUUCACCUCGGACAGUACACGGAAUGCGUCGAAGACUGCACGAAGGCUCUAGACAGGCUGACGCCUCCUGUGCCCGCCAACGCGCAGUCGAGAUGCAGAGCCUAUGUGAGACGCGCAGCAGCGUUGACGUCCCUGGAGCUGUACCCCAACGCGUUGAGAGACUAUCACGCGGCGAUGAAACUCGAUCCAGGAAACGAAGAGUUGAAAAGAGACGCGAACAAAAUCAGGGAAAUUAUUCAAGGAUCAGCAUGACAACAGCAGCAUGCAGCAACAGCAUCACUAGAGCUGCAGCAUUGCAAAUCGAUUGUAGGUAAACAAACGUGCAGUUGAGAGAAUAGAUAGACGUUUGAAGUGUGGACAGUACAACUGGGCUACAUGUGUUUGUGAGACUCUAGAAUAGGUCGGAUAUUUUGGUAUGAAAAAGUUUGAUAUUUAUUAUUAUUCCA